AGGGGGGUCCCCGGGAUGCCGUGCGGGGACAUCAAGAAGGAGAACGGCAUCCACCGGCUGGAGGCGAUGAUGUACGCCCUGGACCAGAUCAACGGCGACGAGGAGCUGCUGCCGAACGUCACCCUUGGCGCCCGGAUCCUGGACACCUGCUCCCGGGACACGUACGCGCUGGAGCAGUCGCUGACGUUCGUGCAGGCGCUCAUCCAGAAGGACACGUCGGACGUGAGGUGCACCAACGGGGAGCCGCCGCUGUUCGUCAAGCCCGAGAAAGUGGUCGGGGUCGUGGGCGCGUCCGCCAGCUCGGUGUCCAUCAUGGUGGCCAACAUACUGCGCCUCUUCCAGAUCCCUCAGAUCAGCUAUGCAUCCACGGCCCCGGAGCUGAGUGACGACCGCCGGUAUGACUUCUUCUCUCGGGUGGUCCCGCCGGACAGCUUCCAGGCCCAGGCCAUGGUGGACAUCGUCAAGGCCAUGGGCUGGAACUACGUGUCCACGCUGGCCUCGGAGGGCAGCUACGGGGAGAAGGGGGUGGACGCCUUCAUGCAGCUUUCCAGGGAAGCAGGUGGAAUCUGCAUCGCUCAGUCCCUGAAGAUCCCUCACGACCACAAACCCUCCGACUUUGACAAGAUCAUCCGUCAGCUGCUGGACACUCGGUACGCCAGGGCGGUCAUCCUGUUCGCCUCUGACGAGGACAUACGGGGUGUCCUGAACGCCAGUAAGCGGGCGGACCAGAUCGGUCACUUCCUGUGGAUCGGCUCGGACAGCUGGGGGGCCAAGAACAGUCCCAUCCACCAGCUGGAGGACGCUGCAGUGGGAGCCGUCACCAUCCUGCCGAAGAGAGCCACCAUUAGCGGGUUCGACGCGUACUUCACGUCGCGCACGCUGGAGAACAACCGGAGGAACGUGUGGUUCGCGGAGUACUGGGAGGAGAACUUCAACUGCAAGCUGAUGAGCUCCUCCAAGAAGGACGACAGCAGCAGGAAGUGCACAGGUCAGGAGCGCAUCAGCAUCGACUCCAAGUACGAGCAGGAGGGCAAGGUCCAGUUCGUGAUCGACGCCGUGUACGCCGUGGCCCACGCCCUCCACAACAUGCAGAGGGACCUGUGUCCGGAGAACUCCGGCAUCUGCCCCGACAUGGACCUGGCCGGAGGGAAGAAACUACUCAAGUACAUCCGCAGCAUCAGCUUCAACGGGAGCGCCGGUACUUCAGUGACCUUCAACCGUAACGGCGACGCCCCCGGACGCUACGACCUGUUUCAGUACCAGUGGAACAACGUCACCGGGUCCAGCUACCGUGUGAUUGGCCAGUGGACCGAGACCCUGCAGCUCAACAUCGAGGACAUGCAGUGGCCUCGAGGGGAGCAGGACAUACCCAGCUCGGUGUGCAGCCUUCCCUGUCGAACCGGUGAGAGGAAGAAGGUGGUGAAGGGCAUGCCCUGCUGCUGGCACUGUGAGCCCUGCGACGGCUACCAGUACCGGUACGAUGAGUUCACCUGCAAGCUCUGCUCCUACAACAUGAGGCCCAAUGCCAAUCGCACAGCGUGCCAGCCCAUACCCAUCAUCAAGCUGGAAUGGCACUCCCCAUGGGCGGUGAUUCCGGUCUUACUGGCGAUACUCGGCAUCAUCGCCACAAUUUCUGUCAUGGUGACGUUCGUACGGUACAACGAUACACCGAUCGUCCGAGCGUCCGGCAGGGAGUUGAGCUACGUCCUCCUGACUGGUAUAUUUUUAUGUUACAUCAUCACGUUCCUCAUGAUUGCCAAGCCAGAUGUCGGCGUGUGCUCGUUCCGAAGGAUUUUCCUUGGUCUGGGUAUGUGCAUCAGCUACGCCGCCCUCCUCACCAAAACCAACCGCAUCUACCGAAUCUUCGAGCAGGGCAAGACUUCGGUGACGGCGCCCAGGCUGAUCAGCCCCACCUCACAGCUGGCAAUCACCUCCAGCCUCAUCUCGGUUCAGCUGCUGGGGGUGUUCAUCUGGUUUGUGGUAGAUCCGCCCAACACCGUCAUAGACUACGACGAGCAGAAGACCUUCAACCCGUAUCUGGCCCGAGGGGUGUUAAAAUGUGACAUCACGGAUCUUCAGAUCAUCUGUUCUUUGGGUUACAGCAUCUUAUUGAUGGUGACGUGUACUGUUUACGCUAUAAAGACCCGCGGGGUGCCAGAGAAUUUUAACGAGGCCAAGCCCAUCGGGUUCACCAUGUACACCACCUGCAUCGUAUGGUUGGCUUUUAUACCCAUCUUCUUUGGCACAGCGCAGUCUGCAGAAAAGCUGUACAUCCAGACGACGACGCUGACCAUCUCCAUGAACCUGAGCGCGUCCGUGGCCCUCGGGAUGCUCUACAUGCCCAAAGUCUACGUCAUCAUCUUCCACCCAGAGCUCAACGUGCAGAAGAGGAAGCGCUCCUUCAAGGCCGUCGCCACGGCCGCCACCAUGUCGUCCCGACUCUCCCACAAGGUCAGCGACCGGCCCAACGGUGAGGCCAAGACGGAGCUGUGCGAGAACGUCGACCCCAACAGUAAGUCCACAAAGAAGAAGUUUGUGAGCUACAACGACCUUGUGAUCUAA